AUGAAACCUCAUACAGAUGUCCUCAUUGUCGGAGCGGGACCGACUGGCCUCGUUCUUGCGCUGUGGCUUCACCGUCAAGGUGUCAACGUUCACAUUUUUGAUCAAGCAGACGCCCCCGCAAAGAACUCACGCGCAAUUGUCGUCCACGCACGCAUAAUAGAGCUGUACCGACAGCUUGGGUUAUCCGAAGAACUGGUAGCCCUUGGUUACAAGCUGCCAGGGACGAACCUCUGGGUCCAUGGGCAACAUAAAGCGCAUAUCUCGCUACUGGACUUCGGACGUGAACUGACUCCGUACCCCUUCAUGUUGAAUGUUCCUCAAGACGACCACGAGAAAAUGUUAGAAACGCAUCUCAAUGACAUCGGAAUUCAUGUGCAGCGAGGAACCAAGUUGCAAGGCUUUGUGGAUCACGGUUCGAGCAUCACUGCUACACUGUUUCACGAGACCGAUGGAAUCUCAACUACCCAUGAAGCAUCGUAUAUCGUCGGCUGUGACGGUGCACAUUCGGAAGUUCGCCAUACCAUUGGUGCAAAGUACGAGGGAGAAACAUACAAACCACUGUUCUACAUCGCCGACGUCGAAGCCCAAGACAAUAAGCUUUCUAACGGAGAAGGGAAUCUUCUCUUCACAAAUGACAUUUUUAACUUGAUGAUUCCAUACAGCAAAAAGGGUCAUGCACGAUUAAUUGGAAUUAUCACUCCAAAUAAUGACCAGAGCCCGACCCUGGAAUCGCCAGAUCAUGACCACCAGGUCACCUUCGAAGACGUCCGACCCCAAAUAACGGAGACAACGCAUAUCGACAUCAAAAAUGUCAACUGGUUUUCUACAUACCGCAGCCACCACCGUGUUGCGGAUAAAUUCCGCAAAAAUCGGGCUUUUCUCGUUGGGGACGCAGCCCACAUCCACAGUCCAGUUGGCGGCCAGGGCAUGAAUACCGGCAUUAUGGACUCUAUCAACUUAGCAUGGAAGUUAACAACUGUCCUAAAGCGCACUGACAUGAGUGAAGAGGCAAAAGAUCAACUGUUGGAUUCCUACGAGUCCGAACGACGCUCUUUCGCAUUGACAAUUGUUAAAUCAACCGAUGCCGGCUUUACCACCUUGACUUCGCAAGGAAUUCUCGGCCAUAUACUCCGAAAAUGGCUAAUCCCGUAUCUUGUCCCGCUAGUUGUGAGGUUUGAGUUCGCUCGCAAGCGGAUCUUUCGUGGUGCGUCCCAACUCAUAUGCAAUUACCGGGGUAGCGCUCUCUGCCAAACCGAUGAAGGAAUGGUGCAGUCGGGCGACCGGCUCCCGUGGGUUCGUAUAGAUCAACAGGACAAUUUUUCCACUCUUCAAGACCUGUGCUGGCAGCUACAUGUAUAUGGGGAGCCUGGACCUCAACUUGAUCAGUGGGCCCGGAAGAAGGAUGUCAAAUUGUUUAUUUUCCAUUGGAAUGAUCAGUACGCCGAAGCCGGCUUGAUCAAGGAUGCUGUCUAUCUGUUACGACCCGAUCACUAUAUUGCAGGCAUCUUCGAGGGCUCGUCUAUUGAGUCGAGGCUGGACGAAUACUUUCUCACUCGAGGAUUGUACUAG